AAUCGUUUGCUUAGCGGCGUAGUUUGCGUUGUUCACGAAAACUACUGGCUUAGAUUGUCUAUAUAUCAUACAUCACAUUGAUUAAUGUCAACUUCGAUCUGCGUUGCGUUACCGAACGGCUCUUCCUCCUUCCCUGCCCUCCUUCCAUCGUCCGAGUCCAAAUGUCAGGCUAUCCUCCGGGCUCCGGUUACCCCCACUACGGUGCUCCCCCGGGAAACCCUUACGGCGUCCCUCCGCCUUACGGCGCGGCACCGCCGUCGCCCUACGUCUCCGCCCCGCCCUACGCGCCGUCGGCGCCGCCGGCGGGCGAGAAGCCCCCAAAGGAAGGGAAGACUCACGGUUACGGAGGCUACGGACAACCCGGGUACUACGGCCAGCCUCCUCCGGCUUCGUCGGCGCCGCCGCCUCCUCCUUCAGGUGCGUAUGGUGGCAGCCCGUUUGUGGCGCUGAUGCCGUCGGCGUUCCCGCCGGGGACGGACCCGAACGUCGUGGCGUGCUUCCAGGCGGCAGAUCGCGACGGCAGCGGGUUUAUCGAUGACAAGGAGCUGCAACAGGCGCUGUCGUCCUACAACCAGAGCUUCAGCCUGAGGACCGUCCAUCUCCUCAUGUACCUCUUCACCUCCUCUAACGUCCGUAAGAUUGGACCAAAAGAGUUCACCUCAGUUUUCUACAGCCUUCAAAACUGGAGGGCUAUCUUUGAAGCGUUUGAUCGUGAUCGGAGUGGAAAAAUUGACACUAUGGAGCUUCGUGAGGCUCUUCGGAGCCUUGGUUUUUCUGUUUCCCCAGCAGUCCUGGACUUGCUUGUGACCAAGUUUGACAAAUCCGGAGGCAAAAGCAAAGCUAUUGAAUACGACAACUUCAUCGAGUGCUGCCUCACAGUCAAGGGGCUGACAGAAAAGUUCAAGGAAAAGGACCCCAAGUAUUCAGGGUCUGCAACUUUCACCUACGAGUCCUUCAUGUUAACCGUGUUGCCCUUUCUAAUUGCAUAGGUGCAAUUCCCUUCUUUCUCUGAAAACAUGUGGUAUUGUCUUUUUCGAGAAAUAUUAUUACCAAUGCACACAAUGGCUUCUGUAGAAUGCUCAUCAUAAAGGUUCUGGAGUGGAAUUUGUAAUGGAUGCAACUCCUCGAGUUCACUACAA